GGCUAUCAUUGGUGUUGAGUCCUGCCUUUUUAAACUCCAAUUUAUACCCCCAGCAUUUAGCUCCAAAUUCUUUUAAGUAGGGGCAGAAACUGGCUUACUAGAUAUCCUUUCCUUGUCUUUAAAGUUACUACACAACCGAGCAAGCUAGGAAGUAGCAGCAAUGGAGAAAGUUCCAACAGGGCUGAGCCACCUCUUCAUGACAGCGUUCCUCAGCUGCUUCUCGGCGGCCAUGGUGAUUCCGGCAAUUACCGACAUUACGAUGUCGGCGGUUUGCCCCGGAAAAGAUGAAUGCUCAUUAGCCAUCUACCUCUCCGGGAUUCAACACGCGAUAAUAGGAUUGGGAUCGCUGGUGAUAAUGCCGUUGGUAGGCAAUCUCUCUGAUAUCUAUGGGAGGAAAACUAUGUUGACUAUACCCUUGGCUCUCUCAAUUUUCCCACUAGUGAUAAUGGCAUACAGCAGGUCCAAGUACUAUUUCUAUGCUUACUACAUACUAAGAACCCUAAUUGCCAUGGUUUGUGAUGGAAGCGUUCAGUGCAUUGCUCUUGCUUAUGUGGCAGAUAAUGUUUCAGAGUGUCGUCGGGGCUCCGCCUUUGGAAUCAUGUCCGGCAUUGUUUCCACUGCUUUUGUUUGUGGAAAUCUUUCUGCUCGAUUUCUCUCCACUGCCUUCACGUUCCAAACUGCAGCGCUGAUGGCGAUAAUAGCACUACUAUACAUGCGGACAUUUCUACGAGAGUCUUUGGUAAAAGAUGUCAUUUCAAUCAAUGUAACCGAGACUCAUUGUCUUCUAGAAAAGGCUCAUAAGAAAAGCAUGCAAGUUAGGAACUUGCCUUCAUUCAGUGAUGCAUUGCUCUUGUUAAGGAUGAGCCCAACUAUCUCCCGAGCAGCCAUAGUUUCAGUGCUAAUAAAUGUAGCUGACAUUGGUCUCCAAGCCUCACUGCUUUACUACUUGAAGGCGCAAUUUCACUUCGAUAAAAAUCAAUUUGCUGAUUUGAUGAUAAUCGGCGGUGUUGCAGGGGCAGUAUCACAGCUGGUUCUUUUGCCUUUGUUAGUACCUGCGAUUGGAGAAGAAAAACUACUCUCAAUAGGGCUCUUCUUCAGCUCUAUUCAUAUGUUUUUAUACAGCAUUGCUUGGACGUAUUGGGUUCCUUAUGUGGCUGCACUUAUUUCCGUUGUGUCAAUUUUUGCAAUGCCCUGCUUAAGGAGCAUUGUGUCAAAGCAAAUUGGACGUAAUGAGCAGGUAACCAGUUCACCUCAAUACCUCCUUUGCCCAUUUCAGGGAAAGGUACAAGGAUGCAUUUCAGGCUUGUGUUCCUUGGCUAACGUUGUUUCCCCUUUGGCAUUCAGUCCUUUAACUGCGACAUUUCUCUCAGAUGAUGCGCCUUUUCAUUUCCCCGGUUUCAGCAUUCUGGUGGCUGGAUUAUUUGCGAUGUUGGCAUUCACUCAGAGCAUGAUGAUUAGGACUACUCUCCCCGUCGACACCUGCACUUUAAGCAGUCAUCAAAAUGUUGAAGCAUUAGUUUAAGUAGACUAGUUAGAAAGUGUAUAGCCUAGUACGUUUGUACAUAUUUUUAUAGAUCAGAGCUUCGACCUUUGACGUUUCUUUUAUAGGUAAAUAGCUAUAUGCAUCAUUUGUGGAUGUAAUUAGUGUUGAACAUGUUAUAUGUAGAUAAAGAAGUUAUGAUAGUAUAUGUACAUAAAGAUAAUGACAGUGAUAUGUAUAUACAUUUACACAACAACAUAAGUCAUAUUUUUUGUCU